UUACGUAGCACCUCGACGUCCGCUACGUACAGGAAACAGCUGACAUCCGCUAAUAGAAGAGCGAAACAGAAACUGCUUUAUUUUAUUUUAGGGCAAAUCCUGCAGCAGUAUGAGUGAUGGAGAAUCCCAGUAGGUCCAAAGUGGUUCUGCUGGCCUGCGGCUCCUUCAACCCCAUCACUAACAUGCACCUCAGGAUGUUUGAGCUGGCCAGAGAUCACCUGGAAGACACAGGUCAGUACAGUGUGAUUAAAGGAAUCAUCUCCCCGGUGGGCGAUGCCUAUAAGAAGAAGGGUUUGAUUGAGGCCAGCCACCGGGUGGAGAUGGCGAGACUGGCCACAGAAAGCUCAGAGUGGAUCACAGUGGACUCCUGGGAGAGCCAGCAGUCAGACUGGGUGGAGACAGCUGAAGUUAUCCGGCAUCACUAUGAAGAGCUGCUCGCUAGAGAACAUAACAGGGACAACGUGGACACCGUCAAGUAUACGAAGAAGAGACGUAUAGAGGAGAAUUAUAUAGCGAGUUCAGUUCACCACAGGAAAAGAGGGUGUGGGGACUCUGUAGCAUGGUCUGGACGACAGCCAGUCACAACCAGCAAAGUGAGUUGUCAGAGUGAAGCAGCGUGAGAAUAGCCUCUGGGCAAAGAGGUGGUAAUUGCAGAUGCACUUGAAAUUAGAGCAACAUUGCGUCACACAAGAGCAAAACAAUAGCUGGUCAUGUGAAAGACGGUGUCACGAGUUUAUCAUUAUCAUUAAUUAAACUUGAGCAACAUUUAAAAAGCAUUAAAGGUUGUAAACAGAAAAGGUUUUGUCCUUUGUCAGUAAAACUAAACCAAAACUAAACAUCUUUCAUUUACCUUUGUUUUAUUUACUUUGUAUUUGUAUUUAUAUAUUUUAAACAUCAAUAGAGGCAACUAUUGAUGUUAUUACAAGGCAACACCUCCAAAGAAACAGGCAAGUUUCUAAAGUCAGCAAUAAAUCUGGUGUUAGAAACUGUGAUAAUCCCAUUUCAUAGAGUCUGAGACAGGAAGUGUUAAAUUCUUGGCUAAAGAAGCUUUUAUAUAAGGUUUUUCUCCAGCUAUGGAGAAGUAUGCAAACCAAAAUGUAUACAAAGACUUUUGUUUUCCCAACUUUAUUUCCUAUCUUAAUAUCUACAUGUUUUGCCUAUCCAUCCAUUUGUUUAACAAUCAUCCAUCUAUCUAAUGAUUGAUUUGCUUUUCAUUCUUACUGAACUAUUUUAAAAAUGGUCCAGAAACAGACUGGAACUGUGGAAAAUUCAGUCUUUGAUUCUACAGAAUCUUAGUUUUAUUUCGAAGUUGUCUUCUCAUAGAUCUUUGAACAGGUGUUGUGAGACCCCAUCUGAGCUCCUUCAGAGCUGAACUCCUUGUCCCUG